AUGGCAGAGAUAUUCCCGCCAAUAGCGAAACGUUCUUUGAGGAAUGACGUCAGCCAAAUUGUGUUGACGUUGAACACAAGUUUGUUGGAGCGUUUGCUGAAAAAUGAAAAUUCUUCCCAGAUGUCGCCAAAUAUUUUUCAACAACAGCAACAACAACAACAACAGCAACAACAACAUCAACAGCAACAACAACAACAACAUCAGCAGCAACAACAACAUCAACAACAACAACAACAACAGCAACAACAACAACAACAACAACAUCAACAGCAACAGCAACAGAUGCAGGAGCAAUAUGAAAAACAUCAGCAGGCCAUCUCACAGCGACAGCAGCAACAACAGCAGCCACAACAACAGCAACAACAAUCAAAGCCACACAAAUCCCAGCAGCAAUUUAAGUUAAAUUUGCAUCAAUUACAGCAGCAGCUGCAGCAGCAACGUCAGCCACAACAACCACAAAAUGCACGAGCCGACCAGCUGCAAAACAUCGACAGAACGACAAAUGAAAUUUAUUCCAAAGAAAAUCCAAUUAUUAAAAGCAGCCACGUGAAUAGUAACACUGCCAACAACGCCAACAUUGCCAACAACAACAACAACAUCAAAAACAACAACACCAACACCAACAACACCAACAACAAUAAUAACGUUAUCAACAGCGAAAUUAUUGGCAACAAAAACCAUCACACUAGAAUAACCAUCACCAACAACAAAACUGACAUCAAGCUUUCCAACAAUGAAAGCAUCAGCGAUGACAAUAACAUUAACAACAGCAAUGACGUCCUAAACGACAUUGGAAACAAUGAAAACAACAACAAUAAUACAAACCAAAAUAAAUCUUUUUGUGGCACAUUUUCUGUCAAUAAAAUAAAGCACACCACUCAGCAUACUCAGAGCGUAAAUCAAGAAAAAUAUCAACGACAACCUAAACAACAACCUGAACAACAACAACAACAACAACGUCAUCAACUACAACAACAACUACAACAGUAUCAACCACAACAACAACCUGAACAACAACAACAUCAGCAACAAAAGCAAAACAAUAGCGACAAAAUAUUGACCUACAAAAGCGAGCCUAAGAGCGUUAACAUGAAAAACUCCAAAAACAACUACACCGAAUUAUCGAUAUUAGUUCAUAAAUCACUUAACGACAACAACGACAACAACAACGACAACAACAACGACAACAACAACGACAACAACAACAGCAACAACAACAAUGCCCAGCCAACCAUCAUAGCUGUUUUAUCUUCAUUCGGAGCGGCCAUUUUUCUCGUAAUUUUUUGCAUUUCCGGUUUCGUCAUCGCCGAUGUCAUGAGUACUUCACGAAGGCGCGCCCUCAGGUCCAAAGUGUCACCGUUGUUGCUUGGUAGUUCAGAAUGGUGA